AUGACAAUGUCUUCUAUAGUAGACGAUAUUUGCGAAUUAUUGGAAAGCUACAAUGGUCGAGACAAGGUAGUCCGUCUAGCAUGUUACACAUGUAAGUUAUAUGGAUGCAUUCAAGGUAACAAGCCAUGGCAGACCGCAGGAUCCAAACUUUCCGGAGCAAGACUUAUGUUGAGGCUGUUCGAUGACAUUCCUAUGAUCAGACACACUUUUAAUUACGGACUCGGAAGACAUGAGUCAACGAAAAUAGCUGCUAUAUUGGGAGUUUUGGCAAAUAUCGUUGAUCAAAUAUUUUUACCAGUGGAGAAGGCUUGUUGGUUGAAUGAUUUAGGCAUCCUCAAGUUGUCUGAUAAAACUGCCGACAGACUUGAAGUACUCAGUACGGCAUUAUGGGCCAUCAGUUUAUAUAUUUCAUUAAUACAGAACUUCCGCUCAAUGCGUCACAUAUGGUGGAGUCGUGAUUGUCUUAGUUCAGACGACGCUUUCGAGGCUCGAAAGAAUCUAGACAUAAGACUAAUAUUAUCAAGUGUGACCGCGGCAAAAUUAUGUUUGGAUAUAACACACGCGAUCAGCUGUCUGCCUUCAGGGUGUUUGUGGGGAGAGAAAAUUGGCGCAACUAAAGUAGCCGCCAUUGCUACAACGUCAUCUGUCAUCGGUAUAGCGUUGUAUUUCGCGCGUAAACGAUUGUUGAAAUGA